UUAACGUCAUCAGCGCGCUGUUCUCGCACUUUUCAGAGCUUGAGCCGAGCGCAUGCGGAACCACAACGGGGAGCAACAACAACAAACAAACAAACAGUCCAGUAAUAAACACAACGCGCAGGGUUCGGAGCGGCAUGGCUGGGCUGAUGUCCGGGUUCGGCAGCUUUACGCACGCGGUGGUUCGCGCGGUCUCUCAGUCUCUGGCCAAAGAAGCGCUCAGAACCGACAGUCUGGAGGUGGACCUGCUCAAAGCGCAGGAGGAGCACGACGAAUACGUGUCGGUUCUGAAGCACCGGCUCGGGCUGGAGGUGGUGGAGCUGCCCGCGGACGAGGCGCUGCCGGACUGUGUGUUCGUGGAGGACGCGGCGGUGGUGUGCGGCGACACGGCGCUCAUCACCAGACCCGGAGCCGAGAGCAGGAGGAAGGAGACGGAGGCCAUGAAAGCUGCGUUGACUGAGCUCGGCCUCAAUAUAGUGGAGAUGACUGAUGAAUCAGCCACGCUGGACGGGGGAGAUGUCCUGUUCACAGGUAGAGAAUUCUUUGUUGGAUUAUCCAAGAGGACCAAUCAGAGAGGAGCGGAGAUCCUGGCCGACGCGUUUAAGGACUACACCGUGUCCACGGUUCCCAUUCAGGAUAGACUCCAUCUGAAGAGUUUCUGCAGCAUGGCCGGACCGGAUCUCAUUGCCAUCGGAUCCAGCGAAGCCGCACAGAAAGCCCUGAAGAUUAUGCAGCAGAUGAGCGAUCAUAAAUAUGAUAAACUCACACUUCCUGAUGAUUUGGCUGCAAACUGUGUCUACAUGAACCUGCCGGGUAAAGGAGACGUCCUGCUGCACUGCACACCGGAGGAGUUUCCUGAGAGCGCCAAGGUCUUUGAGAUGCUGAAGGAUCACAUGCUCAUCCCGGUGUCCAAUCACGAGAAAGUGAAGGUGGACGGCGCGCUGACCUGCUGCUCGGUGCUCAUCAACAAGAAGAAGAACAUCUGAGAGACUCCGGAAACCUUCAUCAAACACAGCGUUUCAUAUUCCGCGCGUGUUUCAUGAAUGAGGCCUGAUGUGUGCGUAAUGUGCAGGAUUACUUCGUUUUAUCUUUGUUUUUGUUUUUUGAACUCCCACACACAGACACACACUCACUCACACACACACACACACACACACACACUCACACACACACACACACACACAGUGUGAAUAUAAAAACACACUUAAAGUCUGCUUUUUCUAACGUGCGAGGAAAAUAAAGUGCAUUUAUUUUCUAACCAGCAACAUAAUUAAAAAAAAUGAUGGAUGAAUGUGGUUUUAGCUGGUUUUAGCUGGUUUAACUAGUCUCCAGGCCAGUUGGUGUUUAAUUGGUCGGCCAUCCUGACUAGUUUAACCAGCUCGGUCAGAAUAACCAUCCAGCUGUUGACUUUUUUAGCAGCGGUCAGUGAGUCAAAACUAUUACAAUUUUGAUUGUUAUAAAAUCUAAUUUUCAUGACAGAAAUUGCUCUAAACCUCAAAAUGUAGCUGUAAUCAGAAUCAGAAUCAGAAUCAGAAUGAGCUUUAAACUAUAUAAAUCAUCUGGAUCCAUUCAGAAUGACUGAACCGUAAGUGUUUAUCGUGUUUAACGUUCAUCAAACCCCAUAAAAAGCCUGUUUUUAAACACUGAAUGGUGAUUUGUUACUUCGUGUUGCCUAGAUUGUAGAGCAUCGUGUUCAUAAAUAGAUUUAUUGCGCAUUUGAACUGCAUUUGGAAUAAAUAUCCGCCGACUGCGUGCGUGUGAAACAAGACAUAGUGAAGUGCUUUUAUUGAGUAAUUGAAGUGAAAAAUUUAGUUUUUAUGGAUUUAUUAAGUAGUUUUUGUGUUCGUUUGCCCUUGAGUUCCCAGAUAAUUAAAAAAU